AUGUCCUCGGUAUCGCUACUAACUACAGUCACUACAACGACCACCACCACGACAACAACAACCACGAUUGUUUCAAAUGCGCUUUCGUCUGCCUCUCCUCCUCCGCUAUCACAAUCAUGGGAGAUUCUAAAGACCAGUCUCGCACAAAACGUACUCUACUGUUUGAAUCUGCUUGACCUGUUCCCCGGAGGUCAAAUCAUCCUUCGAUACAUCAAAUCCUCGUAUCAAAAUGACCCCAUCCGUUCGUUGUUUGAGUAUGGGCUAUUUAUAUUUGCAUUGACAUACUUUUUCACUUCCAAAAAAAAAGAAAACAAGUCGGAGUUGGUGAAGUUCUCUCGAUCAGAGAUUGACGAGCUAUGCAAUGAGUGGAAUCCAGAGCCAUUAGUGGAAGAACUCACUGAGUUGGAGGCUUGGCAACUUCGAACAAUUCCAGAAGUUAUUGGUCAAAAUGGCGCUCAUAUCAAAGUUGCCGCUGCAGAAGCUCCUACUGCUAUUACCACCGAGUCUCUUGCUCAAUCCCAGGGCUCGAAAGAGUUGCAGACUGUGGUUAAUCUUGCGUCAUCGGACUUUUUGAAUCUCAACGAGGAUCAAACAAUUAAAGAAGCAGCUAAAGCUGAGAUAAGCUAUGCUGGUGUUGGGGCUUGUGGACCUCCAAACUUUUAUGGAACCCAGGAUGUCCACGUUAGACUCGAAGAGGAUUUGGCAAGGUAUUUGAAGACAGAACAAGCCAUCAUCUAUGGACAAGACUUUGUCACUGCUGGCUCUGUGAUUCCAGCAUUUUUAAAAAGAGGUGACUUGUGUGUCGUUGAUAGAAAUGUGACAUUGGCUUUGCAGAAGGCGCUUAUUGUUAGUCGUGCUGAUAUUGAAUGGUAUGACCACAACGACAUGGAGCACUUAGAACAGAUCUUGACCCAGUUACAGCCAGUUCUUGCGAAGCAAAAACCGAUUAGAAGAAGAUUUAUAGUCACUGAAGGUCUUUUUGCUAACACGGGAGAUAUUGCUAAUUUACCCAGGAUUGUGGAGUUGAAGAACAAAUUCAAGUACCGACUAUUCUUGGAUGAGACUUUAUCCAUUGGAGUUUUGGGAAACACAGGAAGAGGCUUAACCGAACAUUACGGCAUUUCUAGGGAUGAAGUUUCCAUCACCAUUGGAUCCAUGGCAAACUCGCUUGCCUCUUCCGGUGGAUUCUGUGUUGGAACAGAGCCAAUGAUCCACCAUCAAAGAAUCUCAUCUAAUGCGUACGUCUUCAGUGCAUCUUUACCUCCUUACUCGGCAAAAGUGGCAUCACAAGCCAUUAAAGAGAUCAACGGUAAUAUCGAUUCAAGCACUGGUAAAUCUGCGAUUAUGAUGGAUCUUCAUCAACUCACUGGGUUGGUUUAUGACUCAUUGCAGGUGAGGUUGGAAGAAGUCCCCAUGUCGAUUGUCUCAUGUCCACAAUCACCAAUGAUACAUAUCGCAUUCACAGAUGCCUAUCGUGAGCAACUCAAUUUGCCACUCUUGUACGGAAACUCAAACUUUGUUACUACCGGCAAGCCAUCAAAGUUUUUGAACACAUUUGAUGAGUAUAUGAAUCUUGAAUCAUUCUUGUUGCAAAAAAUUAUUGAUAAAGUUCAGCAAGAGGCCAACAUCUUAAUCACUAGAUCAAAGGUAAUGUUAGAGCAUGAAAACUUGCCAGUGAUACCACCACAUUUACUCAUUAAUGUCAAGAGAGGUGUGUCACAAGAAGAACUUGACCUGUUGGUUUCGGUCCUUCCAAAGGUUAUAAAAGAUGUCGUGAAAGAUAUCAAUAGCGAGGCAGACUUGCUCCUGCUUACAAUUGGUGUCGUAGACUACGGGUUGAACUAG